UGAGACACUUUUCCUCGGUUUGGCAAAGCGAGCAUCGAUGUAGCCAAUCAGAGGAGCACGUGGUGGAAUUGGGCCUAUCAGCGUGCUCUGUUGAUGAAUAUUCAUGAGGUAUCGAGUCAAACCUUUCAGGCGAGUUUGUGUGUAUUCACAGCAUCAUGCUUCGACUUUGUCAACCCAAAAACUCCAUUUUCUUAUGAAUGGAAAGUGAAAAAAAAACAGAUUCGCUUAAAUUGGGAUCCUUCUCGGACGGAGUAAGUAGUAGAAGAAAAAGACGUGAAGUGACAAGCUGGGAGGCGAACGAUGACCAUGACUACAAUGUCAGAAAACCUCAACAGCCCCGUCUCGGGUAAAGCAGUUUUUAUGGAGUUUGGACCACCAAGUCAACAAAUGUCGCCUCCCAUGUCUCACGGACAUUAUUCCAUGCACUGUUUACAUUCUGCCGGCCAGUCUCAACAUGACAGCUCCUACAACACUGUUUCAUCCUUCUCCCGAUCUCUGGGCUACCCCUAUGUUAACUCAGUGAACAACCAUUCCGCUAACCCUUACAUCAGUUCAGUGCAAUCGUACCAAAACAGCUCGAAUCUGGCCCAUACACGAUUAGAGGACACAGGAGCAGAGUCAGAUAAAGGUACCGUGGUGGAAAGUGGGGAAGUUAGGUUUAAUGGGAAAGGGAAAAAGAUUCGCAAACCCCGAACCAUUUAUUCCAGUCUGCAACUGCAAGCUUUGAACAGACGGUUCCAACAAACUCAGUACCUAGCUCUGCCUGAAAGAGCAGAACUUGCUGCUUCUCUGGGCUUGACGCAGACACAGGUGAAAAUAUGGUUCCAGAACAAGCGCUCAAAGUUCAAAAAGCUGAUGAAACAGGGGAAUGGCGCAUUGGAAAACAGCGCUCUUGCAAAUGGUAGGAGCUUAUCGGGAUCUUCCCCUCCAGUUCCUCCGGUCUGGAACACCUCAUCUGCCGGCAAGAAUUCUACAGGGACCCCGGGAAACUACAUCCCCAGCUACACAUCAUGGUACCCUCCGGCGCAUCAGGAAUCUAUGCAACAACCCCAACUGAUGUAAAAUAGCCGCCCUUUUUUAAAGCAAAGACUCUAAUCCAAGAAAGCCGUUUCUGAAGCGCACCAUGUUCUCAGCAGACAUGCACAGAUGUGAUGCGGAGCGAGUUCCAAAUGACGAACAGCUGGCAGAUCGGCGAAAAUUCUACUAGAACACGUUUAGAACAGACUGUCGGCAAGAAGACUCAGGGGUAUUCUUCCCCGGGACAGUUAGAAAGCCUUUGUUACAAUUUCGUUGUAUUCAUCCUAUUCAAAAAUAGGCAGGCUUUGUAUCGAGUGCAGUCUCCCCAGUUAGGAUGUUAGGUCUGUAAACGGAUGACUGCAACUCAGCGCAGAAGUCAGUGGGGAGUUCUAGUGCACGCGGUCACCGUUUUUGUAAAUAUUAUUUAUAUACGUUGCACAAAUUUUAGUGUUUCUCUUUGUUUUUGUGGAGUGUACAUGAUGCAUUGUGAAAUGGGAUCUUAAUAUUUACCUGUGAAAAUGGAAACGUGAUGCUGAAAACACCAUGUUUAGCGUUCUAAAUGUAAAGGUUUAGUUUUAUAUUGAUAAUGUUAACUUAUUGCUUUGUAUCUUUGAAUCUUUGUAAAUAUAUAUAAAGUCCAUUGAAAACAGUAAAAUUAUGAUUUUAAACAACGACGUUUGCGUUAUGAAACCCUUUGUGUGUUAAUUCUAAAUAUAUUAAUACUGAAGUGUAGGGAAUUCCUGCAUAAUGAAUUUACUAUCUUCCUGGUGAUCUCAAAAAUGCGAUAUUCCUAAUUUUAUGUAUUCAAAUAAGAUGACUAACAGAUCAGAUGUCACCCUCGCUCUGUAAGGAAUAGAGCUGACUCCUGCGAAACAGGAUAAAUUUCACAGAUUAAUUCCACAGGUGCCCGCAAGAUUUAUUUACGUUCAUACAAAUUGGAUAGUGUGCACUAAGUUUCACAACACGUGGAAUUUUCUAUUCCAGUUACUCGGUUCGAAUAUUGGAAUCGUAAUGCAAAUCUGCAUCGUUUCUGGCUUUCGCCUUUGGUUCAUAAUGUAAGAUCGGAUUACUUUGUCGCAGCCAAACGUUAGUUUCACUGUCACGUCUAACCUGUACUACUUUAAAUUGGAUGCAAUUAUUUUAC